AUGGAUAGGUUUAUUAUAAAAGAAUCGCAAGUGGUCCUCGAUAAUCCAACUAUUGAUCAAGGUCCUGCACCCGCUAGUACGGUUGACAAUGAUAUUAUAGUAGAUGGUCAUGCAGCAGAGACUGAAAAUAAUAUUGCGGGUCAGGAAGCUCCUGCUGAUAACACAAACAUGCAAACGGAUAAUGACGGUGAUAAUUUGAAUACUUCUCCCAUUGCAGAUGAUGAUGAUUCUUUUCAGCCUGAUAUAUUUGAUCCAAGAUAUAGGGAUUCCCUUGAUUCUAAACAAGUUGACAUUUUAGCAAAAGAAGGCCCUAAAAGAGACCCAUUAUUUCAAAAAGGUCCUAAGGAUAGGUAUGGGAGAAGGUUUUCUGCACGUUUCUAUACAAGAAUUCUUCCAAAUAGAGAGCAUUGUGAUAGGGAUUGGCUUGUCUAUUCUAAGAAACUCGAUAGAGUAUUUUGCUUUGGUUGUAAAUUAUUUACAAAAGGGUACCGUAAAGGCCAGUUAGCAAAUGAGGGGUUCAAUGAUUGGAUACAUCUUGGUAUUAGACUUAAGGAGCAUGAGACAAGUGCAGAUCAUGUUUUGAAUAUGACCAAUUGGUAUGAGUUGCGUAGUAGAUUGCAAAAGAAUCAAACUAUUGAUAAAACUGCUCAGCGGCAACUUGAGAAAGAAAAGGACCAUUGGAGAAAAGUUUUGUUCAGAAUUGUUGGCAUUGUAAAAUUUCUUGCCAAGCAUAAUCUAGCAUUUCAUGGUAGUAACAGUAAACUGUACGAUGAUAGCAAUGGGAUUUUUUUGGGUUUGAUAGAGAUGUUGGCUGAAUUUGACCCAGUUAUUCAAGAGCAUGUUCGUCGUAUUACAAAUGAAGAAACUCAGGUUCAUUAUCUUGGUCCUAGGAUUCAAAAUGAGUUGAUACACAUGCUUGCUGCUGCUAUUAAGUCUGAAAUUAUUAAGAAAAUAAAGAGUGCAAAGUACUUCUCUGUCAUACUUGAUUGUACCCCUGAUGCAAGCCACCAAGAACAAAUGUCUUUAAUUAUAAGAUAUGUGGAUGUAUCUUCAAGUCGUGUUUGCAUUGAAGAAUCUUUUCUAGGAUUCUUAGAAGUAAAUGAUACGACUGGACAAGGACUUUUUGAUGCAAUACAGAAUGAGCUAAAGCAACUUGAUCUUGAUAUAGAUAAUGUGAGAGGACAAGGCUAUGAUAAUGGAUCAAAUAUGAAAGGAUGCAAUAAAGGGGUAAAAACAAAAUUCUUGGAGGUAAAUCCAAGAGCUUUCUAUUUUGCUUGUGGUUGUCAUAGCCUUAAUCUAGCACUUUGUGACAUGGCCAAGAAUUGUGGUAGAGCUAAAGAUUUUUUUGGGAUCAUCCAGCGCAUCUACACAACCUUUGCUAAUUCUACUAAGAAAUGGCAAAUUCUAAAAGAUAACAUAACAAGAUGGACUCUCAAAUCAGUAUCAGCUACACGUUGGGAGAGUUGUGUUGAAAGUGUUAAAGCUAUUAGAUUUCAGUGUGCAGACAUUCGAGAAGCUCUACUUCAAGUAUCUGAUGUUGAGAAUGAUGUGAAAACAAGCAGUGAGGCUAAAGGUUUAGCAAAUAAUGAACUUGGGGAGUAUGAAUUUAUAGUGGCAAUGGUCAUUUGGUAUGAAGUAUUAUAUGCUAUUAAUUUAGUAAGCAAAAGUUUACAAACAAAGGAUAUGCUUAUAGAUGUUGCUAUCGAGAAAGUGCAAGGGCAAAUUUCUUUCUUCAAAAGGUACAGAGAAACAGGUUUCUUAGAGGCACUGGAGGUAGCUAAAGGAAUUGCCUUUGACAUGGAUAUUGGUACAACCUUUCGUAAGAAACGUGAAAUUAAAAGAAAGAGGCAAUUUGAUGAGAACCCAGAUGAAACAAAUGCAGCUUCCACUCAGUCUGCAGAGGAAUCAUUUAGAAUCAACUAUUUUCUAUCCAUUGUUGAUCAAGCUAUUACCUCCCUUACAACAAGAUUUGAACAAUAUCAGGGGUAUCAGAAAAAUUUUGGCUUCCUAUUUACUUCUGACACAUUGCAGUCAUUGGAUAACAAUAGUUUGAAAUCUUCUUGUGAAAAUCUUGAGACUGUCCUUACAAGUGAUGGAAAAUCUGAUAUUGAUGCUAAUGAACUGUAUUUGGAGUUAAAGUUUCUUCAAGAUUUCAUUCCUAGAGAAAGUAUGGGCCCUGUUGAAAUUUUGAAGUUUUUGAAGCGACAUGGUUGCUUUCCCAAUACAACUAUCGCUUAUAGAGUUCUAUUGACCAUUCCUGUGACUGUUGCAUCAGCAGAACAAAGCUUUUCAAAAUUGAAGCUACUGAAGUCUUACUUGUGUUCUACAAUGACGCAAGAAAGGCUUAAUGAUUUGGCCAUGAUAGCACUUGAGAGUGAUAUAUUGGAAAAGAUUGAUUAUGAGUCUAUCAUUGAAAAUUUCAUUUCAAGAAAUACGAAAAGAAUGAUGCUAUUCAAGUAAAGAUUAUGCAGGCAAGAUUAAAUAGACAUUUGUACAGGGCCUCCAUUUUUGUCGGGACGGCCCUGU